AUGAACUAUCUGCUAACUUAUGUCAUCGUUGCAGUGACUCGAUCUCACAAGUUCAACGACAAGAUCCACGCUGGCCUUGCUGAGGGAACUGCUGUCCCUCAUGACGGCGUUCCCAGGUUCUUCGCUAAGCAUGGUUUCUGUGGUGUCAACCCAAAGAAGACCAAGAAGAACGGCGGGGGCAAGGGUAAUUGGGGCCCGGAAGGUGUUGAAGUCGUCGACGAGGAUUUCAACUUUGUCAAAGCUCGUCGUCCCUCCAACAGCAGUAGCUUUUCCACAGAUCUCAAGACUAAGUUUGAGAUCAACGAACCCGAACCCGUAUUCGAGGAAAGUCUUCACGGGCCUGAGGUUGAGGAUGAAAAUGUCCUCAGCAAGAUCGAGACUUCUUCCAGCGCGGGAAGCUCAUCGGACGAGCAAAAGUAA